CGCCAGAGAUGGCAGUGAGCGAGAGGAGGGGGCUCGCCCGCGGGAGCCCCGUGGAGUGGGGGCCGCGGCUGCUUCUGCUGCUGCUGUUGGCCGGCUGCUCCGGGCGCAUCCACCGGCUGACGCUGACGGGGGAGAAGCGAGCAGACAUCCAGCUGAACAGCUUUGGCUUCUACACCAACGGCACCCUGGAGGUAGACCUGAGCCUCCUUCAGCUGGGCCCCCAGAAGACGGAAGAGAAGACCCCACUGGUGGGCUUCAGCCUGACCCGGGUUCGAUCUGGCAGCGUUCUGUCCUACUCUCCCCAGGAGCCCUACGACUGUCCCCUCCAGAAAAACAGCAGCAACCUCCUGGUCCUCUUUCUCAUCAACACCAAGGACUUGCAGGUCCAGGUGCGAAAGUAUGGGGACCAGAAGAAGCUGUUCAUCUUUCCUGGGCUCCUCCCUGAGGUGCCCUCCAACCCAGGACCCCCGAAGCCAGGGCCUUCAGCCACCCCCAAGGUGGACAGUGUAGCGCCCUCCACGAUCAACAAGGAUGGGCCAGUGCUUUCCACAGUGUCUCAAGAAAGCCAGCAGGGCCCCAGCAGGAAGGACAAGGAGCUGGUGCUGGACCUGAACCUCCAUGACAACUCCUACAACUUCAGCUUCCACGUGGUGAUCGGCUCCAGGGCCGAGGAAGGUCAGUACAACCUUAACUUCCACAACUGCCACAACUUGAUACCAGGACGGGAGCAGCCGUUCAACAUCUCGGUGAUGAUCUGGGAGAAGAACCCCGAGGGCUUCCUGUCGGCGGCGGAAAUCCCCCUUUUCAAGCUCUACAUGGUCAUGUCCACCUGCUUCCUGGCUGCUGGCAUCUUCUGGGUGUCGGUCCUCUGCAGGAACACGUACAACGUCUUCAAGAUCCACUGGCUUAUGGCAGCCCUGGCUUUUACCAAGAGCAUCUCCCUCCUCUUCCACAGUAUCAACUACUACUUCAUCAACAGCCAGGGUCACCCCAUCGAAGGCCUCGCGGUCAUGCACUACAUCACACACCUGCUGAAGGGCGCCCUCCUCUUCAUCACCAUCGCCCUGAUCGGCUCUGGCUGGGCCUUCGUCAAGUACGUCCUGUCGGACAAGGAGAAGAAGGUCUUCGGAAUUGUGAUCCCCCUGCAGGUCCUGGCCAAUGUGGCCUACAUUGUCAUGGAGUCCCGUGAGGAGGGCGCCAGCGACUACAGACUCUGGAAGGAGAUCCUCUUCCUGGUGGACCUCAUCUGCUGUGGCACCAUCCUCUUCCCUGUCGUCUGGUCUAUCCGGCACCUCCAGGACGCAUCUGGCACAGACGGGAAAGUGGCAGUGAGCCUGGCCAAGCUGAAGCUGUUCCGGCAUUACUAUGUCACGGUCAUCUGUUACAUCUACUUCACACGCAUCAUCGCCAUCCUGCUGCAGGUGGCCGUGCCCUUCCAGUGGCAGUGGCUGUACCAGCUGCUUGUGGAGGGCUCCACGCUGACCUUCUUCGUCCUCACGGGCUACAAGUUCCAGCCGGCAGGGGACAACCCGUACCUGCAGCUGCCCCAGGAGGACGAGGAGGAUGUGCAGAUGGAUCAAGUAAUGACGGACUCCGGGUUCCGGGAAGGCCUGUCCAAAGUCAACAAAGCCGGCGGGCGGGAGCUGUUGUGACGCCUCCGAAUGGACGGGCCCCCCCUCGCCUCCCUCUCAUUCCUCCUGCUGGCUCCCGAGAGAGCGGGGGAGGAGGGGCCUGUGCGAACCCGGAGCUGCUCCCCGACCGGCGCAGAGCUCACUCCGAUGCCGAUGCCGACGGAAGCCCUUAUCUCCCUCCCAAGGAUCGGGCCCCCUGCCCUCACCUGGGACCACCGCGACUUCUAACUUCUAGCUGUGGAAUAAUGACCAGUCUGUUUUGCUACCCGUUUCUUGCCUUUGUGCGGGUCUGGGUCAAAGGCGCUGAGGUCACGUGGACAAUUUAGAACCCUGUGUUCACCGGCGGGGAGCCCUGGUGGCGCUAACCUUCGGUUAGCUAAGGCUGCUAACCAAAAGGUCGGCAGUCAGACACCCUAUGGGACAGUUCUCCUCUGUCUUAGAGGGUC